AUGGCUCCUAAACCGAAGUCCACGGAGAAAACAGGCAAGGCUGCAGAAAAGAAAACUGCAGAGAAGAAAGCGGAAAAAAAGCCAGCUCCAGCAGCUUCUACCUCUAAGGUAACGAAGCCUGCUGCCAAGCCUGCAGCUGCCAAAAAACCAGCAGCAACCAAACCAGCAGCUACUGCUAAGCCUGCUGCUGCUAAGUCUACAACUAAACCUGUACUCAAGCUUGCUAAUAAACCAUUGAUCAGCAAGCCCAAAAAACCUGUACAAACUCCUAAGAAAACUCCAAAAGGAGGAAAACGUACAGUUCCCAUUCAGAAGGCUCUCAAAGCACAGAAGAAGAUCCUAAAAGGAGUCCAUGGAUCCAGAGUACGGAAAAUCAGAACAUCUGUUCACUUCCAUAGGCCCAAGACUUUCAGACCGCCAAGGAAUCCCAAAUAUCCACGCAAAUCUGUACCAAACAGAAAUCGCAUGGAUGCAUUUAACAUCAUAAAAUUUCCACUGACCACUGAAGCGGCAAUGAAGAAAAUCGAGGAUAACAAUACCUUAGUCUUCAUAGUGCACACAAAUGCCAACAAAUAUCACAUAAAAGCAUCAAUAAAGAAGCUUUAUGAUGUUGACGUAGCAAAGGUGAACACUUUGAUUAGACCAGACGGCAAGAAAAAAGCGUAUGUGCGUUUAACGCGAGAUUACGACGCACUUGAUGUUGCCAACAAGAUUGGCAUUAUAUAAAUUUUUUUCUUGUUUAUAGAAAUAAAAUAAAAACUGUGCUGAUAAAAAUUAUCAAAAUACAGAUAA